CCCCGCCUCCGCAAAAACCCUAACCCUAACCCUAACCCUAACACCUCCCGCCGCCGCCGCCGCCGCCGCCGACGCCGCGAUGCCGCCGAAGUUGGACCCGUCCCAGGUGGUGGACGUCUACGUCCGCGUCACCGGCGGCGAGGUCGGCGCCGCGAGCUCCCUGGCCCCGAAGAUCGGGCCCCUCGGGCUCUCGCCGAAGAAGGUGGGCGAGGACAUCGCCAAGGAGACGGCCAAGGAGUGGAAGGGCCUCCGCGUCACCGUGAAGCUCACCGUCCAGAAUCGCCAGGCCAAGGUGAGCGUCGUCCCCUCCGCCGCCGCCCUCGUCAUCAAGGCCCUCAAGGAGCCCGAGCGCGACCGCAAGAAGACCAAGAACAUCAAGCACAACGGCAACAUCUCCCUCGACGACGUCAUCGAGAUCGCCCGCAUCAUGCGCCCCCGAUCCAUGGCCAAGGACCUCUCCGGCACCGUCAAGGAGAUCCUCGGCACCUGCGUCUCCGUCGGCUGCACCGUCGACGGCAAGGACCCCAAGGAUCUCCAGCAGGAGAUCUCCGACGGCGAGGUCGAGAUCCCCUCCGAGUGAGGUCGAUGCUGUUCCCCCCCCCUCCUCCUCAAAAAUUAGAUCUUUGUCUUAUGAUCUCAGUAUUUGCUUAGUUUUAUGCUUUUAAUUGUGUUAUGAGCGAAAGAGAGAGAGUAUUUGGAGCUUUUGUGGGAAUUUUGAGUUAGAUGUUCGGAGAAAUUUGAAAUGGCUUCACUUUAUUCGAAUCGUUAGCAUGGACAAUUUCGGUGAUUUUGAGAUCAGAAUUUGAAUUCUAUGUGGUUAUGGUAGAUUCAUGAUGUUUACUUUA